CGACAGUCCUCGCCACGAAAUUGCAGGACGAAAACUCCCGGCCCAGGCGUCCUUCUACCUGCGUCGCUUCUCUCUCCGGCUCACGCUAGAGGCAUAGUCUUCUCUUCUUCGACCACCGGCUGUAGCGACGCAAAGAUGGUCACCACCACCCAGUGCAAGCUCCUGGCCGCCUUGGCCCUGGUCCUGCUGUGCUGCGCUCUGGCCUCCACCAACGCUGACUACACCGUCGAGGACAUCCGGCAGAUUGUGAACCGUCGCAGAGGCCUGGAGAUCAUUCGGGAUAUCGUCGACGACCUCCAUCGCCAGCUCACUACCCUUCACAAGCGGUCUUGCCACAUCGACGCCGGCCUGAACCGCGGCUGCGACUACAAGGACAUCAUGGACGCCGUCGAAGAGAACAAGUUCUGGAAGUCCAGGGACUCGCCCGGCCGAAGGAGGCGAUCCGUUGAAGAGAAGGCGACCAAGCCGGCGGCUUCGAGCCACGCCACGCAGGACGCGGUCGUCAGGAGCGUCCAACAAGCAGCAAACUAGACGUUGACCAGCCGCCUUAGCCCUUCCCGCGUCUCCAUACGUUUCCUGUUUCCCCCGCCAAGCCGCAUCCCCAUUGUUAUAUAAUAAGGCCCCAGCAGCCCUGCUCUUCCCAGGGAGCGCCUUUCGAGUAUUUUCAUCCUAACAAGCAACCACUCCACGUCACGCGCCACCCCGAAGCCCUCCUUGUCGUCGCCUGCAGCUGGUGUUUUUUUUUCUUUGUACAAAGUACUCUUCCUUACAGACCUGCUCCACGUAGCCGCAUGUUCGAUGUGCUCCGCGACCGCUGCCACAGUCACUAUACGGCUUCCUCGACCGCGGUCCCCGCAAGGCCCCAUGGUCCCCCGUGCUACGUGCGCCCAGAGACCACCGGCCCGCUUCAACUCCUCCGAAGUGGCUCUGCACAACAGCGUUCGAUACGUCCUUCGUCUAUGCGUGGCCACAACGUAUACUACUAGUUUACCACGUAAACAAUAAAGUGUCUAUUUUCCCCCA